AUGACCCUAGAUGGCUGCUACCGGCUAUCACCGCCACAAGCUACCACAUCACGGUCCAGUAGAGAUGUAAUCAUCCGCUUUCAGAAUGGCCCGGACAGCCAAGCCUUCCUGUCCGCCGUGCGCAGCGCCUCUCCCUAUCACUUUGAAGAACAUUCCUUACCGUUUUACCCUGACAUCUCCAGGGCCACCAUGGACUGGCGCAGGUCGUUGUGA